UCAAGUAAAUCGAUAUUUUAAUUCAAGAGGUCGUUGUUCAGGUUAAGUUCUCCCGAAAAAUCUAAAAUUAUAAAAAACAUACUGCAAAAAUGUCAGCAAUAAUGAAAAAAGAGCUUAUGAAACAGAAGAAAUUGCUACACCCAAACAGUCGAAAAGUCCUGGCAAUAGCGAAAAAGAGUAAAAAAGCGUCAAAUAGGGUGAAUGCAAAGCAAACCGGUUCAAUGAAACAGAACUUGAUACGAGAAAAAAUGAUGUGGAUCCGUGAACACAUGAUACCAGACGUCUGCCCUUAUCCAUCAAAUCUGACUGGUGAAUUGCUGGAGAAGUACAUUGCGAGGCACGAUGAGGAGAUGUCGAAAAUUGUUGAGGGAAAACUGGGGAAGAGGAACAGGAGUCGAACUAGUCGUGAGGAUAUCCUCAGGAUGAUGAAGGAGAGGGAACUGGAGGAAUAUAAUGGCCCAGGAAUAGAAAUUCCCAAUAUUUUGGUGUCUUCUCAGUGCGAAAUGCUGAGGAAAUGGGACGGAGAACUUCGCUAUCUCCCGAAUUUCAGUUUUCGUCGGUUUGGAAAGAAACAUGUGACAAAUUAGUAAUUAAAGAUAAUUACAAUUAUUCAA